AUCCAGGUACCAAUAUUGAACAAAAGUCUACUUGCCUAGCCUGGUGACAAGAUGCGCCUCUGGAGCUAGACACACACCUCCACAUUGCCCCUGGGACUGUAAACCAAUGUAGCCUAAUAAAAACUAAACAAUGACUGUGGAUAAAAGCGUACCCCAAGUGUAGUAGUUAAAAUGUAAUAGUUUUAGCAAUGGAGUGAAAAUGGCCAUAACAACAGGCCUGUGGCCUACAUGCAAAUAAUUCUAACAGCAAGAAUGCAUAAUAUUUUGGCAAAAGUAGGAGACUAGACAAAUACAAGACUCCUAAGGUGCCUGCUGCUCCUGUGGUGUUACGUGCCAAUAAAUAAAACACAACAAGAAGAAGUGGUGUUAUGCACGGCAGGCCUGGAUAAUCAUUAAGAUCCUGCGUGCUUCAUCUCCAGUUCUGCGAGAUUUCGGUGUUUACGGAAGUCAGUUGACGCGCUUCUCUCCACUGGGUGAGCGAAGCGCGAUGGCUUUCAUCAGGAAAAAGGAGCGUUCUAAAGAAAGAUUUUCGCUCUUGCUGUUGGAUCUGGAGGAGUAUUAUUUUGAACAACACACAGCAUAUCAGAUGACCUCGGGAUGCUCCUCCCAAAACAGAAAGUUGCGAGGAUCCUUUAAAAUCUGUUCCAAAUCAAUCAUAUUUGAACCUGAUGACGGAUUCCAACCUGUACUGAAGAUUCCCCUCAAAGAAUGUAGGAGAAUUGAAGCCACAGAGGACCGUGAUCGGAAUCCUUUUACAGAAAGUAAACCCCCAUGUAUAUCUCUGGAGAGCAGACAGGUUAAUUACAUAAAAGAUGGGAAUGUCGUCGCCCCAUAUAAAGUUGAAAGGAAAGACCAGGACUUCCUCUUUCAAUUGGAGAUAUCCAGGAAAACUGAAGACGUUGUGCAAACAAUACUGCAGUUACACAGAGCAUCCUGCUUAGACAAGUUGGGCGACCAAACAGCUAUGAUUGCUGCAAUUCUCCAGUCCAGGCUGGCAAGGACUUCAUUCGAUAAAAACAGCUUCCAGAGUGUGUCUGAGCUGCCUCGUAUGGAGUGUGAGGCGGAGAUGGUGUCACCUCUGGUCACCAACCCCGGUCACGUGUGCAUCACGGAUAAGAACCUCUACUUCCAGCCCCUCAACGGCUACCCGGAUUCAGUGGUGCAGAUAAGUCUUCACAAUGUUAGACGCAUCUACAAAAGGAGGCAUGGUUUACGACCUUUGGGCCUGGAGGUGUUUUGCUCCGAGACAGACCUCUGCUCAGACAUCUACCUGAAGUUCUACUACACCAAAGACCGGGAUGAGCUUUACUACUACAUCGCAACCUUCCUGGAGAACCACAUGGCGGAGCACACGGCGGAGAGCUACAUGCUGCAGUGGCAGAAGGGCCACCUGUCCAACUACCAGUACCUGCUGCACCUCAACAACCUGGCCGACCGCAGCGUCAACGACCUGUCCCAGUACCCCGUCUUCCCCUGGCUCAUCAGCGACUACAGCAGCGCACGGCUGGACCUGAUGAAUCCAGCUUCGUUCCGGGACCUUAGCAAGCCUGUUGGUGCGCUGAACACAGAGAGAUUGGAGAGACUACUGACGCGCUACAGAGACAUGCCGGAUCCUCGCUUCAUGUACGGGAGCCACUACUCCUCUCCCGGAUACGUCCUUUUCUAUCUGGUCAGAGUAGCUCCAGAGCACAUGUUGUGCCUCCAGAAUGGACGCUAUGAUCAUGCAGACCGCAUGUUUAACAGUGUUUCAGAAACAUGGAAGAACUGUUUAGAGGGCGCCACAGACUUUAAGGAGUUGAUUCCUGAGUUUUAUGGGAAGGACCCAAGUUUCCUGCAGAAUGAGCUGAAUCUCAACCUGGGUAAAAAGCAGGGGGGUUGCAUCGUUGGUGAUGUGCUCUUACCUGCCUGGGCAACAGAUGCUGAGGACUUCUUAGAGAAGAUGCGCAGUGCGCUGGAGAGUCAAUACGUUUCAGAGCACCUGCACGAGUGGAUUGAUCUGGUGUUUGGCUACAAGCAGAAAGGCAGUGAGGCCAUCGCAGCACAUAAUGUAUUUCAUCCAUUAACGUAUGAAGGAGGAAUUGACGUUGACAGCAUUGAGGAUCCCGAUCAGAAGAUUGCCAUGCUGACCCAGAUCCUCGAGUUUGGUCAGACACCACGACAGCUCUUCACCACGGCCCAUCCCCAGAGGAUCACGCCCAGGCUCUACAACAUCUCCACCACAACCAACACAUCCUCCAGUGAACUCUCACCGCUGUCUCCCAGUGAGGAUUCUUCAUUUGAAGAUCUGACAGAAGAGAGCAAGAAACUAGCUUGGGGCAAUAUGAGCAAAUUAACCCUGCAGUCCAGUCACAAAAUUCACAAAGAGGCAGUAACUGGAAUUGCUGUUACGCGCAGUGGAGCAUCCAUCUUCUCCACGUCGCAAGAUUCCACUGUGAAGAUGUUUUCCAGGGACACACAAGCUCUGCAAAGGAGUGUCUCAUUCUCAAACAUGGCCUUGUCUUCGUGCCUGAUGUUACCAGAGGAUCAGACUGUAGUAUGCUCUUCAUGGGACAAUAAUGUCUACUUUUACUCGGUAGCGUUCGGGAGACGGCAGGACACUCUGAUGGGCCAUGAUGAUGCCAUCAGUCAGAUGUGCUGGAAGGACGACCAGCUCUACACGGCAUCAUGGGACUCCACUGUCAAGGUGUGGCGAUGUGUGGCAGCUGACAUCAACAGCAACAAAAGGAGUCAGUUUGAGCUACUGGGGGAGUUUGAACAUGAUGCAGGGGUGAAUACCAUUGCUGUCAAUCCUGCCGGCACGUUGCUGGCAAGUGGCACCAAAGAUGGCACUCUCAGCAUCUGGGACAUAGAGAAUGCCUCCCCCCUGCAUCAGCCCAGCUGCCACUCAGGAAAAAUCCACCAGGUCUCCUUCAGCCCAGACAGUCGACACAUCCUGAGCAUGGGAGAGGACUCAAGCCUGAAGGUCACAGACGUCCAGACAGGGAUGCUCAUCUCCACCAUCGCAGCAGAGGAGGAGCAGAGGUGCUUCUGUUGGGAUGGUAACACGGUGCUCUCGGGAGGACAGUCGGGGGAUCUCCGAGUGUGGGAUCUGCUCAGUAGCAAAGUGACUGAAAAACUGGCUGCUCACACAGGUGCCGUCACUGUCAUCUGGAUGAGCGAACAGUGCAGCACAGUCAUCACUGGUGGAGAGGACAAACAGAUCAUGAUUUGGAAACCACAGUAUUAACACACACACACACACACACACACACACACACACACACACACACACACACACACGCACACACGCACACAUUGCAGAUGACUUGCGGGGCUGAUAAUCUAAAUGCAAUCUGUGGUGCAAUAGAAGGGUAACUGAGAUAUACUGUUCCCAUCAUGGUUGACAUACACUUUUUUUUACUGAGUAGCCAUGUUCAAUAUUGACACGUUAGUGCUGUCCGUGUGCUAGUGGGUUUUCAGAUGUUACUGUGUACGGUACUACGGUACUCUCAAUUGUACAUCAGGAGUUUCUUUCAAAAUGUGCCUUAAUAUCUUCAAAUGUUUGGUUGAAAUGCUACAAGACCAAGCCUGUAACUGUCGAACGCACGCACGCACACAUGCACACACAAAGACAAAGACCGCAAGCUGUCACUACUGUAAUAGACAGCAUAGAACUCAAGUGUACAUUGAUGCUUAUUAAUAUUAUAUAAAAGAUUUAGCCUACCGGUAUACGUAAAUACAGUACUGGCUUUCUGCAGUCAUACAAUAUAUUGGUUCAUUCAGGUCCUGUGCAUGAGAAGUUACCAUGAUAACAAAUAUUGAAUGUUAUUAACCUUGUUGCAAAUAUGCUUUUAAAAAUGCUCCUAUACUAUCUACACAAUCAGACAAACGAAAACCCAUUCAGACAGAAGUUAAAGUAGAUAUUGCCCUUUGUCUGCUUUCUUGACAGACAUUACUCUGUAUAAUUACAGGCGUGUGUAUGCACACAGAGACCAUUGCGUUUCAAACCUUAUUUAAAAGGCAGUAUGCAAUCCUGUAGUAGAUGAGGAAUAGAGAGCCUAGCCUACCGGCAUACCUGAAGGUUUAGGUGUUUGAAAUUGAUAUAGGCUCAUCAUGUAUGUUAAAAUGUUUGCAACCUCAUCAACCAUUUUAUCACUCAAAUAAUGCAGAGCAUAUCAUGUUGUAGUUUUGUACAUAGUCCAGUAAUGCAAUGUCCAUAGAAGUGAUCUCUUUUUUUAAAUUAAAUCAUGGCACAUGGUUGUUUUGUGCAUUCUCAUUUUUUUGUAUGUGAAACGAUUGUCUUUUUGUCAUUUUGUUUUAAUGAAAGAGACGUUUUAAUGGUU